UAAAGCAAUUACAACUAUUCCUCUAUCCAACUACUGCAUCCUCCUCCUCUAACCCCAUAUCUUCAUGACAUACUACUAAUACUUUUCAAUUCUGUUUCUUGUUUCUUUUCUUCUGAGACAAUAUCUGACCAUUGUUGCAUUCCAUACAUGACACAUCUCUCUUUCUUAUGAUAUAUUUAUUGUUGGACUUUUUCCUUUCCUUAUAUUUCCCAUGUUGCUUGUUGACCUCUCUUCUCAUUAUCAGCUUAUCUCUUCAUUUGACUCUCCCUCUGAACAUUAACUGCAACUCAAGGUGCUAGCUUGACUAAAAUGUUUUGUUAUCAUUAGUCACCCAUUUUUAUGCUUUCUAGCAAUAAGCAUGCAGCACAUACCAUCUCAUCUCCAACGCAUGCCUUGCCAUGCAUCCAUCUACCUACACAUUUACACACAUAAAAAGAACCACAAGAGCAACCAACCCCAUCUUCCAACUCCAACCCCCAAAACCAUAAUUUUACCCUGCCAUCACCUUCAUAACUAGGAACAUUUUUUUUUUUUUUGAAACUUGAAACCAAAGAAUCCCCACUUUGAAUAAGCUUGUUAGUGUUUCAAAGUUGUAAAACAAAUGGUGAGGUUUUCAACACUCGUAGUUUUGUUCCUUUUGUGUUUUUCUCCCAUGCUACUAGUCCUUGGUCAGGGCAAUUCAGACAGUGACAUUACUUUGAGAGUGUUGUUGGAAGUGAAGAAGUCUUUUGUUGAAGAUCCAAAAAAUGUUCUAAGUGAUUGGUCAGAGGAUAACACUGACUACUGCAGUUGGAGAGGGGUGUCGUGUGAAUUGAACACAAAGUCAAACCCUUUAGAUGGUGACUCGGUGCAAGUGGUGGGUCUCAACCUUUCUGACUCGUCACUCACCGGGUCUAUAUCACCUUCACUCGGUCAUUUGCAAAACCUGCUCCACCUUGAUCUCUCCUCCAACAGCCUCACGGGUCCCAUUCCACCUAAUCUCUCUAACCUCACUUCCUUGGAAUCUCUUCUUCUCUUCUCCAACCAACUCACGGGUCAUAUUCCCACUGAGUUUGGCUCCCUCACGAGUCUCCGUGUCAUGCGACUCGGUGACAAUGCAUUAACGGGAACGAUUCCCGAGUCUCUUGGAAAAUUGGUCAACCUGGUCAACCUCGGCUUGGCUUCCUGUGGACUCACCGGGUCGAUUCCGAGUCAACUCGGUCAACUCAGUCUCCUGGAAAAUCUGAUUCUGCAGGACAACGAGUUGAUGGGUCCGAUUCCGACCGAGUUGGGGAACUGCUCAAGCCUCACCAUCUUCACUGCAGCUAACAACAAACUCAAUGGCUCAAUCCCGAGUGAACUGAGUCGACUCAGGAAUCUGCAAAUUCUCAACUUUGCCAACAAUAGCCUAUCAGGGGAGAUUCCGAGUCAACUCGGUGACAUGAGUGAACUCGUUUACCUGAACUUCAUGGGGAACCAGCUCGAGGGUGCUAUUCCACCGUCUCUAGCUCAACUGGGUAAUCUUCAAAAUCUGGACUUGUCAAUGAACAAGCUCAGUGGAGGAAUCCCAGAGGAGUUAGGCAACAUGGGUGAGCUAGCUUACAUGGUUCUGUCUGGUAACAACCUUAAUUGUGUCAUACCAAGAACCAUAUGUUCCAAUGCAACAAGUUUGGAACACUUGAUGCUGUCAGGAAGUGGACUUUAUGAUGAGAUUCCGGCUGAGUUGAGUCAGUGCCAGCAACUGAAGCAACUUGAUUUGUCCAACAAUGCACUCAAUGGGUCCAUACCUCUUGAGCUUUACGGGUUGCAGGGGCUAACUGAUCUUUUGCUGAACAAUAACAGCUUGGUUGGUUCCAUCUCUCCCUUCAUAGGGAACCUCAGUGGCUUGCAGACUCUUGCUUUGUUUCACAACAAUUUGCAAGGUGCUCUGCCAAGAGAGAUUGGAAUGCUUGGCAACUUGGAAAUUUUGUAUCUUUAUGAUAAUCAAUUGUCAGGGGCUAUACCUAUGGAGAUUGGUAAUUGUUCUAGCUUGCAAAUGGUUGAUUUCUUCGGAAACCAUUUCAGUGGGGAAAUUCCCAUCACUGUUGGAAGGCUGAAAGAGUUGAAUUUCCUUCACCUUAGACAGAAUGAGCUUGUGGGUGAGAUUCCAGCCACCUUGGGUAAUUGUAAUAAGCUGAACAUUCUGGAUUUGGCUGACAAUCAGCUCUCAGGUGCAAUUCCUGCAACUUUUGGAUUCCUCACGGCAUUGCAACAGCUCAUGCUCUACAACAAUUCUCUUGAAGGUAACCUCCCUCACCAACUGAUAAAUGUAGCAAACUUGACCAGAGUGAAUCUUUCAAAGAACAGAUUGAAUGGUAGUAUGGUUGCAUUGUGUAGCUCCCAAUCUUUUCUUUCUUUCGAUGUUAUCAACAACGAGUUUGACGGUGAAAUUCCAUCUCAAAUUGGAAACUCGCCAUCCCUUGAGAGACUAAGAUUAGGUAACAAUAAAUUUUCUGGUGAAAUUCCAAGAACAUUGGGAAAAAUCCCUGAGCUGUCAUUGUUAGACCUCUCAGGGAAUUCACUCACUGGACCAAUACCAACUGAGCUUUCGUUGUGCAACAAACUGAGUUAUAUUGAUUUAAACAGUAACCUUCUUUUUGGACAAAUACCUUCAUGGCUUGGAAAUUUGCCUCAGUUGGGAGAGCUUAAGCUCUCUUCAAAUAAUUUUUCUGGACCUCUUCCAUUAGGCCUAUUCAAAUGUUCCAAGUUGCUAGUUCUCUCUCUAAAUGACAACUCUCUGAACGGAAGUCUCCCAGCUGAUAUUGGCGAUCUUGCAUACCUUAAUGUCCUCAGACUUCACAACAAUAAGUUUUCUGGACCAAUCCCUCCAGAGAUAGGUAAGUUGAGCAAGCUUUAUGAGCUCCAGCUCUCCAGCAAUAGCUUCAAUGGUGAGAUGCCAGCUGAGAUUGGAAAACUUCAAAAUCUUCAAAUCAUUUUAGACCUUAGUUACAAUAAUCUCUCAGGUCACAUCCCACCUUCUCUUGGGACACUGUCAAAGUUAGAAGCAUUUGAUCUUUCACACAAUCAACUCACUGGAGAAAUCCCUCCAGAAGUUGGGGAAAUGAGCAGUUUGGGAAAGCUUGAUCUCUCUUACAACAGCCUUCAAGGAAAAUUGGAUAAGCAGUUCUCCCGCUGGCCAGGCGAAGCAUUUGAAGGAAACCAACAUCUUUGUGGAAGCCCUCUUGAGCGCUGCCAGCGUGAUGAUGCUUCCGGGAGUGCAGGCCUAAACGAGUCAUCAAUAGUGAUAAUCUCUUCCAUUUCAACUUUAGCUGCAAUUGCACUUUUGAUACUUGCAGUGAGAAUUUUCUCCAAAAACAAGCAAGAAUUUUGCAGGAAAGCCAGUGAAGUGAAUUACAUUUACUCUUCCUCUUCAUCACAAGCACAGAGAAGGCCACUGUUCCAACUAAAUGCUGCUGGAAAGAGAGAUUUCAGAUGGGAAGACAUCAUGGAUGCCACGAACAACCUAAGUGAUGACUUCAUGAUUGGUUCAGGAGGUUCAGGGAAAAUAUACAAAGCUGAAUUGGCCACUGGAGAGACAGUGGCUGUCAAGAAGAUUUCAACAAAAGACGAAUUUCUGUUAAACAAAAGCUUCAUAAGAGAAGUUAAGACACUAGGGAGGAUCAGGCAUAGACAUCUGGUGAAGCUAAUAGGAUAUUGUACCAAUAGAAACAAAGAAGCAUGUUGGAAUCUGCUGAUAUAUGAGUACAUGGAGAAUGGGAGCGUAUGGGAUUGGCUUCAUGGGAAACCAGCCAAGGCAAGCAAAGUAAAGAGGAGCCUUGAUUGGGAGACAAGACUCAAAAUUGCUGUGGGAUUAGCUCAAGGUGUGGAGUACCUCCAUCAUGAUUGUGUGCCAAAGAUCAUUCACAGGGACAUCAAAUCCAGCAAUGUGUUGCUAGAUUCCAAAAUGGAGGCACACUUGGGAGAUUUUGGACUGGCAAAAGCACUAAAUGAGAAUUAUGAUUCCAAUACUGAGUCUAAUUCUUGGUUUGCCGGGUCUUAUGGCUACAUAGCUCCAGAGUAUGCAUUCUCCCUACAUGCAACAGAGAAAAGUGAUGUUUACAGCAUGGGAAUUGUGCUUAUGGAACUUGUCAGUGGUAAAAUGCCAACAAAUGAAAUCUUUGGAGCUGAGAUGGACAUGGUGAGAUGGGUAGAGAUGUACAUUAAUAUGCAUGGCUCUGCCCGUGAGGAAUUGGUAGAUCCUGAACUGAAACCUCUUUUACCUGGCGAAGAAUUUGCUGUAUUCCAAGUGCUUGAAAUAGCCUUACAGUGCACGAAAACUACACCACAGCAGAGGCCAUCUUCGAGGAAAGUCUGUGAUCUUCUCCUCCAUGUCUUCAACAACGGGAUGGUGGACUUUGAGAAACUGAAUUUGAAUCAUUACAAGUGAUUUUAUUUCCAGAGGAUUGAAAUAAAUCCUAACAUUGUGGAAGAUUUGUACCUCUUGUUAUUAGAUUAUUUAGACUGUGUGUAUAGAGACAUUGACACGGUUGCUGUUAUUCAAGAGUUCCAAACUAACGGCCAGAAUUGGUAGCACGUACGUACUAUUAUUUUUCAA